AUGUCAAAUGAAACAGCGUCUAUGAGAGAAAUACAACACAACCGACAACUCAUUAUACAAGCUCUAAAUAAGAACACAACAAACUUUUCAAACUAUUCUAAGAUAUCUGAGUCAUUGAAAGAAGGAAACUUAAAACUGACAUUAAACCCAAUGACAGAUGAGUUUCUGUUUCAAGACAAUAAGAACCAUACUGUUUGUAUAAAUCCAACAAAAGGAACUUUAAACGAGAAACCUAUAAAUGAACUUCUUUUGAAAGCAGAUGUUGACAACAAAGCAGACAAAACAUAUGUAGACGAUGCAAUAGCAAAAGAAGAAGAAAGAGCAGAUGCAACAUAUGCAACAAAAGAUGACGUUGAAAAUAAAGCUGACAAAGAAACUGUAGAUAUGUUGGCACAAACGGUUUCAAGUCAUGACAGAGCUUUAAUGGAAGAUGGACAACAGUUGAAAGAGCUUGAGAAAGGUGUUACAGAGUUAAGGAAUACAAAAGCAGACUCGACAUGGAUAGCUGGAUAUGUAGAUGCAACAAAAGAAUAUAUUUUCAAAUGGACAGAAGGAACAUAUCCACAAAAACAGCAUACACAUUCUAUAUCUGAUAUUACAAACUUACAAGAAACCUUAAACAGUAAAAGUGACGUUGGACAUACACAUACCAUUGCAAAUAUUGCAAACUUACAAGAAACCUUAAACAGUAAAAGUGACAUUGGACAUACACAUACAUCUUCUGAAAUAACAGACUUAAACGUUAGCCUUGAAAAGAAAGCAGAUAAAACAUAUGUCAAUGAAAUAUACCAAAGUUUAGUUGGAACAAAAAAUAUUGAAACUAUGGUUGGUGACUUUUCUGUCAAUGAAGAAAACAAAUAUUUUAGAUGGCAGUUUGUACAUUCCUUAAAAAAUGGUAUACGGUAUAAACUCAUUCCGAAAAAUAACAAUGAAAUGUAUGUAAGCUAUAAAAAGAACGAUGGUACACAAGUUAAAGUUCCAUUAGACAACAACUGCUACUUAAACUUAUAUGGAGACGAACAAAAGAAAUAUUUCCGAGUUUAUGAAAUGACAGAUAUGACAUUGCCUGACCCAGCUCCAGCACCAUACUAUUAUGACUAUGGAGAUGACAACAGAACACCACAUGUAGAUGAACAAAAGCUAACAUUAUAUUUAGAUUUUUAUAGAUAUAAAAGAUAUAAUGCAAUAGAAAAAACGAGAAUAGUAUACUAUUUUGAAGAUGACAGAAAUAAAUAUUAUAGUCAAGAUUUUACCUACCCUGAAAACAUAAGAUUAUAUUAUAAAAAAUAUUCUGACACAAACCAGAAGAAACCUGAAAUGGUUGCACUAUAUUUUAAGUUCAAAAGAGACAAUCCUAUAAUAUCUCAUAUGUUUGAUUUAAUGAACCCAGUAGGUUCUAUUUAUACAUCUAUGGAAGCAAGAGGUCCUCAAGUAAUGUUUGGUGUUGGUGCAUGGGAACAAAUAGUCGACAGGUUUUUGUAUUGUGCAAACUCUUCAAAGGAAACAGGUGGAAGUAAAACGAUUUCAGGUGAAAAUUUACCUGCACACAGUCACUACAUAGAUUUAAGUACAUCUCAAGCAGGUUGGCAUAAGCAUAGAUUUUGGGAUUGGUCAGCAAUGAAAAAAGGUAA